UGUCCCGCGCGGAGAUGAACGCCGGCGCGCGGACGAUCACUCGACUCGUGGACGAGAAGUGCGUCGUCAUCAUGGACCCGGACGAGGACGACGCGGAGACCUCCGCGGCGCCGGGGAGGCCAAAGCCGACGCGAAGGAAAGAAGUCGCCGCCGGCGUGAGGAAGAGGGAACGCCGGUACGUGUUCGAUAACGCGUACGACGGCGACGCGUCGAACGAGCAGGUGUACGCGGGGACGGUGUUGCCGCUCAUCGCGGGUGUGUUGCGCGGGACGAACGCGACGGUGUUUGCGUACGGCGCGACGGGGAGCGGGAAGACGCACACGAUGGUCGGCGACCAGACGGACCCCGGGCUGAUGGUGUUGUCGCUGCGCGACGUGUUUCGAUACAUCGCGCGAGAUUCGCACGAUAAGGACUACACCGUGGAGUGCUCGUACACGGAGGUGUACAACGAGCUCGUGUACGAUCUCUUGGUGCCAAACAGCGGCGCGCUCGAGCUGAGGGAAGACCCGGAGAAGGGACCGACGGUGAGCGGUCUCACGCACGUCAAGGUUGAGGACGAGAGACAAAUUUUCUCGCUCUUGCGGGAGGGAAACGCGCGCAGGAAAACGGAAGAGACGGGCGCGAACGCGGUGUCGUCGCGCUCGCACGCGGUCCUGGAGAUUUGGGUCACGCGCUCGGAGCGCAACCACUACUGCAAGAGCUUCAGCACGGGCAAGCUCGCGCUCGUGGACCUCGCCGGCGCGGAGCGGGCGUCGGAGACGAACAACCGCGGGCAACAGCUCCGAGACGGCGCCAACAUCAACAGGUCGCUCUUAUCGCUCGCGAACUGCAUCAACGCGCUGGGCAAGCGGAAGAAGAAAGGGUUCGUGUUCGUGCCGUUCCGCGACUCGAAGCUCACGCGGAUUCUGAAGGACGGUCUCUGCGGGAACUCGCGGACGGUGAUGGUGGCCACGGUGAGCGGAUCAAGCCAUCAGUACGAACACACGGUGAACACGUUGAAGUACGCGGAUCGAGCGAAGGAGAUCAAGACGCUCGUGCAAGAGAACAGAGGGACCGUGGAGACGCACAUCGCGGAGUACCAGCGGAUGAUCGACGCGCUGCAGGAGGAGAGGAGGGAGCUCAAGGCGGAGGUGUCGAGGCUGAGUAACGGCGGCGGAGGCGGCGUUACCGGCACCGGGGGGGGGUCUUCGACGGCGGGCGGCGGCGUCACCGGGGUCAACGGCCGGGGAACGACCUCGCACGCGUCGCAGUCGCAGUCGCAGUCGAGCCCGGAGAACAGCGCGACCUCCACGUACAUGUCCGCGCAGGAGGUGGAGAAGUUCGCGCAGGAGCUCGCGGAGGCGACGGACGCGUGCGCGAAAGCGCAGAGGGUGCUCCUCGAGAGCAUGCACGAGCCGGAACCGUCGACGCCAAACGUGGGACGCGCGUCCAAAAAAUACGCAGCCGCGGCGUCCGCGCUGGAAGCGCUCGCGCCGGUGAAUUUGGCGGUCGACGUCGCGAUGAUCACUCACUCCGGUGCCGGGGCGUCGUCGCGGUCGAGCAGCCGCCCGAGCACGGGCGGCUCACGGGCCGCCGCCGCGCCCGUGAGCGCGAGCGAUCUCGCGGUUCUACACGCGCGCGCGGCGCUCGCGGUUGCGGCGGAUUACGACAACCUCGCGUUGGACGCGCGCGAUAAGCUCAUCGAGGACCAGCGGCAGACGAUACAGUAUCUCAUGCGAUUGCUUCAGACGAGGGCGAAUAUCGUCGACGAGGAUGAUUUGGAUCUGCCGGAGAACUGCGGGAUAUCCCAGCUGGACGCGCGGUACCGGGCGUUGACGCGGGAUUGGGAGAGCAGUAAGAGCAAGAAGAACGGGAAAAAGGGGAAAAAGCAGUCGGAGACGACGACGCUCGCGACGGACGGCCACGGCGCUUCCGUCGUCCCGCUCGGCGCGAUUCGCAUCGAAGCCGAGGCGCUCGCGGCUAGGGCGAGAGCCACGGAGAGCAACGGCGUUGUCGCGAACGGGGGUAAUAAGCACUCGCGGAAACAUUCAUUCGGCGGCGGCGGCGGGUUCGAGCUCGAGUACGACGUCUCGGAGCUGAACCUAGCAGAGGUGGACUCGAUCGACGACUCGAUCAGCGACCGGAGCGGUUCAUCGCGGAGCGUGUCCCCGCCGGGCGGGGUCAACGCCGCGAUCGGGGCACCGAACGGGUGUCUGAGCCCCGUGCACGAGAACGUCGCGAAGAACGGAGGAGGAGGGAGCGACCGACCGAGAGGCGGCCAGAAGGCGGCCAAGGCGGCCAAGGCGGCGACCGCGGAGAAGGCGCACGCGAAGCCGUCGCCGUACGCCCCGGGCGGGGGCGGGGGCGGGGUUGGGGGCGGGGCGUCGCGGCGAGAUUCCAUCGCGAAGCGUCUGAACCGCGUGAUGACGAAGCAAAAAGCGCGCAAGGAAGCCGCGGCGGCGUGAGGCGAGACGCGAGUGAGAAGUACGAAAGUAAUACACAGAGGGGGGCGGCGGCACCCCGAGCGAAGAGAAAGAAAAAAGAACUUCGCCCGGGGUCGCACGGCGCGCGUCGUCGCGCCGUCUGAUCAUGGAACACACGCCACGUGUGGUUCUUUAUUUAAAAACAAAUUCAUCCGCCAACGCUCCCCCGUUCCCCCCCGUCCUUUCCCUUCCCCCCGCCCCCCAAAAAAUCCAACCCGUCCGCGAAGACUUUCGCUCGUCUACUUAUAUUAGAGUGAAAAAACAGUCGACGCGACGCGACGCGACGCGACGCGACGCACCGCGCGCGUCAGUCGCGCGACGGCGGCGACUCACGCGGCAACUCACGUACUGUACCGUAUUCGUAGUCGUCCGACCGUCGGCGGUCAGUAGAUGCGCUCGAGGAUGUACUGCACCAUGUCCACCAGCGAUUGCUUCGCCUCUCCUUCCGGGAGCCCCUUCAACGCGGCG